CAUCUGGAAAACGAAGGAGGCAAGAUGGCGGCGGCCCGCGGAGCUCACGGUGGAGCCCCGGCCCCUGCACCGGCCCCGGCCCCGGCCCCCGCACAUGGACCGGCCCCGGCCCCCGCACAUGGACCGGCCGCGGCCCACGUCCCGGGCCCGCGCUGGUUCUUCUCCCGGGAGCAGCUGCAUCACACGCCGUCGCGCCGCUUCGGAGUGGAGCCUGACCGGGAGCUGUCCUACCGCCAACAGGCCGCCAACCUCAUCCAGGACAUGGGCCAAAGGCUCAACGUAUCUCAGUUGACCAUAAACACGGCGAUCGUCUACAUGCACCGUUUCUACAUGCAGCACUCCUUCACCAAGUUCCACCGAAACACGAUGGCGCCCACCGUCCUGUUUCUGGCGGCGAAAGUCGAGGAGCAGCCGAGGAAACUGGAGCAUGUGAUGAAAGUGGCACACGCCUGUCUGAACCCCACAGAGCCCCCGCUGGACACCAAGAGUAAUGUGUACCUGCAGCAGGCUCAGGAGCUGGUGGUUCUUGAGUCCAUUGUGUUACAGACUCUGGGCUUCGACAUCACUAUAGACCACCCCCACACCGACGUGGUCAAGUGCACCCAGCUGGUCAGAGCGAGUAAGGACCUGGCGCAGACGUCUUAUUUCAUGGCUACCAACAGCCUCCACCUGACGACGUUCUGCCUGCAGCACCGUCCCACAGUCAUAGCGUGUGUGUGUAUACACUUGGCCUGUAAAUGGUCAAACUGGGAGAUCCCUGUGUCCACGGACGGGAAGCACUGGUGGGAAUAUGUGGACCCCACAGUGACCAUUCAGCUGCUGGACGAGCUCACUCAUGAGUUUCUACAGAUUCUGGAGAAAACGCCGAGUCGCCUCAAGAGGAUCCGAAACUGGAGGGCGACUCAAGCUGCUAAAAAGCCUCGCGCCGACGGCUCCGCCGCCCCAGACGCCUCCGCUCUCCCUGGGCCUUCUCUGCUGCAGCACCAGCCUCUGCUCCACCGAGAACCGGGGGCUAACACGCUACCUCCAGCCGCGCUAGCUACGACCUCGACGGCUAACGCGCUAGCUCCCGCCGCCUCCUCCGCGCCGGCCGUGCCCUCCACCUCCUCUGCCCCUCACCCCCCCGCAGACUGGCACAUCCACCCGCUCCACCCGCCCGGUCUCAGGUCAGAACCGAACACGAGCGGAAAGGACUCCAGUCAGACGCACAAGCUGGACCGCUCCCGAGAGAAGCUAAAGACGGACACGCCAGCGGAGGGGGCGGAGCCUGGCAGCCACAAAGGGAAGGAGAAGAGAGGAGGAGAAAGAGGAGAGAGAGGGGUGGAGAGGAGGGACAAAGAAGGAGAUAUUAAGAGAGAGAAAAAACAUGGCGACAAAGGGAGGCGAGCGAGCGGUCAGAGGGAGGAGCCAAAGCUGAACUUCAGGCCGGAGGGCGGAGCUUCGUCUGACGAGAGCGGCAGAGGUUUGAACCACAGGGGGGCGCCGCUCAGUCCUCUGGGAGACAGCGGGAGUGGCCACGAGAGCGGAGAGAGGGACGGAGGGGGACGGAAGAGGAGUCGCCCGGAGCCAAACCCCAACCCUCACCCCGGCAACCCGCCCCACCCUCAAUCCAGCGGCGGGUACAAGAGCGCCAAGGCGUACAGGACCGCCCACAGCCCGGCAGGUGGACUGAGGGCGGCGCACCUCUUCUCUUCCGGCGAGUCUCCGAGGGACGUGGGCGAACACCGGCACUAACGCCUCCGCAGCCUCCUCAAACCUCCAGAACAGACGCCCCGCCAACGUGUCCCCCGCCGUGUCCCCCGACGUGUCCCCGACAUGUCCCCUGACGCCCCGACUCCCCCAAAUGUGUCCCCCCAAUGUCCCCCAUCGUCAGCGAGUUCUGCCCUGAGUUUCCUUUUGUGGCUCUUUUGUUUUGGAGCAGAGAUGAUCUUUGUUUUGUGCCUGGACUCUCGGUUGUGUUCAGAUGUUUGGUUUUGGCGUCUUUGCUCCUUCAUCUUCAUGUUUGAGUUGAAAGGGAGGAGCAGUGUUUACACUUCCACGGGCGUCCUCACGGUGGCGCUGUUGCUGCUUUUUGUGUGUAUAUAGAGACUUUUCCGGAUCAUUCCUGGACUCUGAGCGUGCCUUUCCAAUGUGCUUUGGAAUCAUAAAAAUAAAGCCAUGUUCCA